CACCCAAAUCAAUUCAACGCAGAAACAUUAGAGAGCAAGAGAGAGAGAUUUAAAUUUUGAUAUUACUUUUUUCUUUUUUGUGUGUAAAAUGGCUGGAAUUUCGAGCAUCGGAGUGUUGCCGGAGGACUGUAUUUCCGCGAUUCUGUCACUCACAACUCCCUCCGACGCCGGGAAAUUGGCCCUCGUGUCAUCCAUGUUUCGGUCCGCGGCGGAAUCCGACGUAGUUUGGGGGAGAUUUUUGCCGGAAAACUACGAGGAAAUUGUGGCGGCGUCUGAACUGUCCGGUGAGGCUCCGUUGAGAUCGAAGAGAGAGGCUUUCUUCAGACUGUGCUCUCCGAUCCUUGUGGACGAGGGUAAAAAGAGUUUUGAAUUGGAGAAGUUAUCAGGGAAGGUUAUAUAUAUGUUAUCAGCAAGGGAAUUGAGUAUCACAUGGAGUUCUGAUCCUCUUUGUUGGACUUGGAAAUCUCAUCCUCAAUCAACAUUCCCAGAAGUGGUGGAGCUAAGAACAGUGAGUUGGUUAGAGAUUAAUGGGAAAAUAAGAACCAAAACGCUAUCUCCAAACACAAAAUAUGGAGCUUAUCUUCUGUUCAAGAUUUCAGAGAGAGCUUAUGGAUUAGAAUUGAUGCCAGCUCAACUUUCUCUUCAAUUAUUCCCAAUUAAUCAACCGAACACAAACAACUAUAACAAUAAUCAUAAUAAUUCAGAAGCCUACGUUUGGUUGCACCAUAAACAUCAUGAUCAAAAUAACCAAAGUAAUUUGGAGUCUUUGCUGUAUGGUAAUAGAAGGGAAAGAGCCACUAAAUUCAUACAGAAUCAUGUUCAGAAUAAGGAAUUUAGGGUUUUGAAUCAAAGAGAAGAUGGGUGGUUGGAGGUUGAAUUGGGUGAAUUUUUCACAACACAAAAUGACCAACAACUCCAUAUGAGUUUCAUGGAAACCAAAGGCUUUCAGCUCAAAUCUGGUCUUCUUAUUCAAGGCAUUCAAAUUAGACCUAAACAUUGAGAAAGAGAACAACAAAUAGUUGUUGAUGAUUGAUUAUGUUUAUUCUUUUAGAAUCAUAUCUAAAGGCCUUGUAAGUGAGGUUGCUAACAAAUUAUGUUUCAAAUCAACUUUUUUUUUUUUCUUACAUUUGUUUUGUUUUAUUGUAGAAUCAAUGUUAUAACGAGAAAAUUAUAUGUUAAAUAUGAAAUGAAUUGGGUUGAGUUUACUAUACUCUUUAAAGUU